AUGGGUCUGAUAGAUAGGUGGUGGGAAAGCAAGAUUUGUACAGAUAUGAGUCAUGUAUUCUUUUUGCAGCCAAAAUAUGAUGUGAAGAUAUGUAGCAACUUGUGUAGAUGUAUGUCCAAGGAAAGAGGCAUGUUGUACUUGCAUUUGUAUGUUCCAAGUGCAAAAAUGGAGCACGAUGGGGCUCGGAGGUACUGGUGUCACAUGUGCUCUCGAACAGUGAAUCCCAUUAGGGAGAUGAACUGCCCUCUUUGUGGGAGCGGCUUCCUCGAAGAAAUGCCUGACUCUGACCCUGACCCGCCUACCCACAAUGACCGCGUCCUCUCCCUCUUGGCCCCCAUCUUGCUGGGCUUCGUGGCUCGUCCCUUGAUGGAACCAGAAUCAGAGGAUCAUGCUACUGCUACUGCUGCUGCUGAUAAUGCUGAUGUUGAUAAUGCUGCUGCUGAUAAUGCUGAUGUUGAUAAUGCUGCUGCUGAUAAUGCUGAUGCCGAUCAACAACUGGUGACGAGGCAGAACCCCACCGCCAUCCUCCAGCUCCUCCAGAGCAUCCGAGCUGGAAUCCAGGCAGCUGAUCCUGAUCAUAAUCAAGACAGAGAAGGAGAAACUAGAGACGGACAGCGUGUGAUCUUGAUCAACCAAACGUUUGGCGACCAUAUCUUUGGCGCUGGCCUAGAUUUGCUGCGGCAGCAUUUGGCCGAGAAUGAUCCCAACAGGUAUGGCACUCCACCAGCGCAGAGAGAGGUGGUCGACACCCUGCCUUCUGUCACCAUCCAUCACCCAAUGCAGUGUGCUGUAUGUUUGGAACACUGCGAGGAAGGGGAGGAGCUUAAGGAGAUGCCUUGUAAACAUAAGUUCCACUAUCAUGCCCUGGCUGCAGCUGCAUAGUUCUUGCCCUGUCUGUAACACAGCAGUUGCAGAUAACAGAACUACUGACAACGGGACACAAUUCUCUGUUCCGCUUCUCUGGCCUUUCACUGCUUUGUUUUCACCUUCCACUUCCUCCCACCAUACUGAUAACUGAUUACUCAACAUAUUUUGUAACUACUCAAUCACAGGAAUAGGA